AUGGAGGUUUCGAUCAUCGUGUUUCUAGCCAUCAUGUUGCAUAAGGGACCAGCCGCAUUUGGAUUGGUCAGCUUCUUGUUACACGAGUGUAUUGACAAGAGCCGCAUACGUCGAUAUUUGCUACUCUUUAGUCUGUCGGCUCCUUUCUUUUCAUUGUCAACAUUUGGAUUUCUCUUUCACACGUCCAAUAGCAAGUCUGAUUUCGACGCAACGGGAAUUCUGCUGCUGAUGAGCGCAGGGACUUUUCUGUUUGUAGCAACGGUGCACAUCCUUCCCGAAAUUGCGACCAGCAACUCUGGAGAUAGAUCUGGACAAAAUCUCUUGACCUCACGAGAAGUUAUUGCCUUUAUUUGUGGCACGGCGUUUCCGUUCAUAUUUCGUAUUAGUCAUUCCCACUGA